CUCUCCAUCGUAAGAUAUUACGUGUCUCGUACAUUCACCGAGUAUGGAUCUAUCGUGAAUAGAAUCAUUAGGUAAUCAGCGGAUGUGGCCUGCUGCAACGCAGGCGGUUCCAGCCCUAGUAAAGUGGCCCAAGUCGCAGAAGCCGCAACACUCGGUGUUUGCAAUCGCGCACGGGCUAGAGACACAUGUCUUCGACAUGCUGGCGGAGCAGCCGGAGCGGGCAGCGCGCUUCGCCAACGCCAUGGUCUACUUCAAUUCCAAUGCGGACCUUGCACCGCACCACAUAUACGAUACCUUUGACUGGGAGUCCGUCUCGCAGGUCGUCGAUAUUGGCGGAUCGGCGGGUUCCACCGCGGUAGCUCUCGCGACACGUCUGCCGCAAGUUAGCAUCGUCAUCCAGGACCAGGCGCGACAGUCGAUCCCGCCCGCGCUGGCAGACCGCGUCUCCUUCAUCGCACACGACUUCUUCCAUAACAAGCCAGUGCGCGACGUAGACGUCUACCACUUCCGCUGGAUCUUCCACGACUGGUCGGACCGGUACUGCCUGAAGCUCCUGCGGGCGCUGAAGCCGGGUGCCAGGGUCAUUGUGUCAGAUUUUGUCGUGCCCGAGUCCGGGACAACGUUACGGUACAAGGGAGGACUCGUACGGGGCUUUGACCUGGCCAUGAUGGAACUAUUCAACGCCCGUGAGAGGGAGCAGCGGGACUGGCAGAGGUUGUUUGAGGAAGCGGAUUCCCGGUUCAGGUUCGAAGGCGUCAAGGCCAUGCCUGGCGCCGAUCCGGCUUUCAUUUCAGCCACUUGGCAACCGUGAAAUAGCUUCGUAAAUUAAC